AUGCACCCUCCCGGCGCCCCGCUCGCCAUGGCCGACGGCGCCUUCUCGCUGUCCGCGCAGGCGGCGCGGAGCCCCGGAGGGAACCCGUCGAGGCUGCACAGCAUCGAGGCCAUCCUGGGCUUCCCCAAGGAGGACGGGAUGCUCGGGCCCUUCCCCCCCGACGGCAGCGCCAAGGACGGGGACCGGCGCUGUGCCCGGCAUGCCUGCCCAGGGUCACCGGGGAGCCGCCGCCGGCCGAGCCCCAGGCCCGAGCCGAGCGCUUCCAAGCCGGUGUUCCCCCCAGAGCCCUACUGCCCCGGCAGCGCCAGCCCCGAGCUGCCCGCCGGCAGCGGCGGCGAGGCGAAGCCGUCGGACGAGGAGCAGCCCAAGAAGAAGCACCGGCGGAACCGCACCACCUUCACCACGUACCAGCUCCACGAGCUGGAGCGCGCCUUCGAGAAGUCCCACUACCCCGACGUGUACAGCCGCGAGGAGCUCGCCAUGAAGGUCAACCUGCCCGAGGUCCGCGUCCAGGUUUGGUUUCAGAACAGACGGGCCAAGUGGAGGCGGCAGGAGAAGCUGGAAGUGACCUCCAUGAAGCUGCAGGACUCUCCCAUCCUCUCCUUCAACCGCUCACCACAGGCAGCACCCAUGGGUCCUCUCAGCAGCAACCUGCCCCUGGAGACGUGGCUGAGCCCACCCGUGCCCAGCAGCACAGCCCUGCAGAGCCUGCCUGGCUUCGUGUCCUCACCGCAGAGCCUGCCAGGCACCUACACCCCUCCACCCUUCCUGAACUCGCCAGCAGUGACCCACGCGCUGCAGCCGCUGGGGGCUAUGGGGCCACCACCACCGUACCAAUGUGGAGCCACCUUUGUGGACAAGUUCCCCCUGGACGAGGCAGACCCCAGGAACACCAGCAUUGCUGCCCUGCGGCUGAAGGCCAAGGAGCACAUCCAGUCCAUGGGCAAACCCUGGCAGACAAUCUGAGCUCCCUCUUCUGCCCCGGCAGAAACCCGCAGGGAAGGCUGCUGCUGGGACGCCCAAGGGACCCCCUGGCCCUGCUCUUGCUCUGUGCACAGCCAGGUGAAAGGGGGUGUCCCUUGCUCAGCCUUUCCCCCACGCCUUGACUUGCUCUGUAUUCUGUGGUCCUUUUAACUCCCUUUUCCACCUGCCCUGCAGAGUUAGGGCCUGAUCAUAGCUUAGAAAACAGCCUUUGCUCUCCCUC